AUGGCAAAAUCCAUACAGCAGCUUCAGCUGGCCUCGUGGGUUUACGGCGCUGCUGUCUGGUUUGCUCUCUGUGCCGCGCCAGAGCGAGGAAGCCGUGUGCCCAGACGACUGGAGGGGCGGGGCGGGGUGCCCGGGAGGCGGGCGGUGACAUCUUUGCGGCCACCACUCCGCUCAAAUAGCCAGCGCCGCGACCAGAGCGGAGCUGGCACGGCCGCCCACCCCAUGGUGACGGCGGCGAGCGGGCGAUGCGGCGGCACUCCGGAGCGUCGCGGGCCCGUGGGCUGCCCGCAGCGCCCGGCACGGCGGCGGUGCCUGGGGACGGGGACGACGGCGGCGACAGGAGAGAACGCGCAGGAGCUGCAGGCUUUCCGCGACUACGGAGAGAGCUGGUACCGCUCCCGCAAGGGGCUGGAGAGCCGCUUCCAGCCGCGGGAGCCACUCGCCCGGCAGCCGCAGGUGACGGCGGAGGCGCGCUGCAAGCUGGUUAGCUGGCUCAUACCUGUGCACCGGCAUUUCGGGCUCUCCUUGGAGGCACUCUGCCUGGCCGUCAACAUCCUCGACCGCUUUCUCGCCACUACCCCAGUGGCCGCUGACUGCUUCCAGCUCCUGGGAGUAACAGCACUGCUCAUCGCCUGCAAACAGGUAGAGGUGCACCUUCCUAGCGUGAAAGAGCUUCUCACCCUCUGCUGCGAUGCCUUCACUCGCCAGCAGCUCCGCAAUCUGGAGUGCAUCGUCCUGCAUCGCCUGGACUUCGACCUGGCAGCGCCCACCGUUAGCUUCUUCCUGGAGCACUUCAGCCAGGUGCGGCUGGAGGCUCGGGAGGCCGACGCGGGGGAGGCGGCAGACGCCCGGAGCCUGGCAGCGGGCGUCGCGGAGCUCAGCCUGGCUGACUAUGCUUUCACCAAAUACGUGCCCUCUCUGCUGGCCGCCAGCAGCCUAGGGCUUGCGGACCGGCUCCUGCACCACCGCAGCCCACUGGACCUGCGAAUCAGCGGCUACCCGGAAGAGCUUCUGCGGGACUGCAUGGACCAGCUUCAGCUCCUGGUGUCUCUGAACGGGCGGUCCCUAUCUCUCCUCCUUCCAUCGGAGGUGGCCCAGAAGUGCCCCUGGCUUGGGGAUGACCGCUGACAGCGGGUGGUGGUGGAGACGGCUCUGGCUCGGCGUUUGUGCUCCACAGAGUCGGUGCAGUCUGAUCCACUAAGCCUUAGUGUCAUUGGAGCUUAAAAGUUAGAUGACGUUUUGCAAAUUAUUUUAUGUGUCAUGUCAUCUGCACUGUCCCUUUGCUGUAUUUUUUUAAGUCCAGCAUGUAAAUAAUUUACUGAAUCUCACGUACUGUGUUAUUUAAUUGGAGGGUGGUCCAUAAAGAAAACCUUGUAAGGACCAACUGAAUGUUGAGUAAACUCUUUUCUGCUUGUUA